ACGCGACUUCAGUCUCAAACUUCAGACGCUCGAGUUGAGACGACAACGACAAGAUGCAGCUGCGCCACUUGACGUCGCUACUGCAGGCCACGGAGGGCAUGUGCAAGGUCACUGCCAUUGCCUUCUCGCCGAAUAACCGCAGACUUGCAGUGGUUACGGUGGACCGCGUUGUGCAUUUGUUCGACGGACAAACUGGAGAGCGCAAGGACAAAUUCUCCACCAAACCCGCGGACAAGGGCGAUAAGAACUACAUCGUGCGUGCACUCGAGUUUUCGCCGGACUCGUCCAAGCUCGCGGUGGCACAAAGCGAUAAUAUAGUCUUUGUCUAUAAAAUCGGCCUAGAAUUUGGGGAUAAGAAGAGUAUCUGCAACAAAUUCCCGCAGCCAUGCUCCGUGACGAGUCUUACGUGGCCCAGCACACACCCGAACGAGAUCGUAUUCGGCCUGGCAGACGGCAAGGUGAAGGUCGGGCAAUUGCGUAGCAACAAACCGGCCACGCUGUACGCUACUGGGUCCUACGUGUCCCGUGUGUGUAGCAAUCCGGAGGGCACCGCCAUCCUUUCGGCACAUUAUGAUGGAGCGAUCUACCGCUUCAUUUUCGACGACGUGACAGGUGGCCCUACACACGCUAAACUUGUGGUCCACUCAUGCGUCCCAUACGCUCUCUCGUGGGGUGAGAGUAUCGUCGCAGCGGGUAACGAUCGUCGGGUUUCAUUCUACGAUAAGGAUGGCGCCCAGUUGCGCACUUUCGACUACUCAGGUGAUGAAAAAUGCGGUGAGUUCACGUGCAGUGUGUUUAACCCGACAGGCGAGUCGGUAGUUGUGGGUAACUUCGACUCGUUCUACACAUUUAACUUCCAGCACAAAACCCAGUCCUGGGAGCUCGUGGGUUCGAAGAGUAUCCCCAAUCUGUACUCGGUCACAGCGUUAGCGUGGAAGCACGACGGUAGCCGUCUAGCUGUUGGUUCUGUGUGUGGAGCGUUGGAUUUGUACGACGCCUGUGUACGUCGCUACCGUUACAAGGGCAAGUUCGAGUUCACGUACGUAUCAUUGAGUCAAGUGAUCGUCAAACGUCUCGCUACUGGAGCGCGAGUUGUUCUGAACGUGUUCCAAGACCGAUUCCUCGUCGGUAACACAACCAACACUCUCCUGGUUGGCGACCUUGACACUGCACGUAUUAGUGAGGUGCAGUGGCAGUCCACUGGUGCUGAGAAGUACAUGCUGGAUAACGAAAGCGUAUGUAUCGUAUACCAAGCCGGUGAGCUGUCUCUGAUCGAAUACGGACAAAACGAGCUCUUGGGAUCAGUGAGGACAGAACACCUUAACACCCACUUGCUGAGUGUGCGUAUCAAUGAGCGUCCUCCACCCCCAAUGCCUCAAGACGGCGGUGACUCGAGUCCACCUCAAGAGAACAAGAAAAUCGCGUAUCUUCUAGACUUGCAAACGAUCUGUAUCACCGAUCUCCACGCCCGUGGCGCCUCCACAGUCAAUCACGAUUCUCGAGUGGACUGGCUGGAGCUCAAUUCCCGUGGAAAUUUGCUCUUGUUCCGCGAUAAACGCCGCCAGCUUCACCUGUUUGAUCUUGACACGCAAAAGCGCAGUACACUACUCAACUACUGCAACUACGUGCAGUGGGUGCCUGAAUCGGACGUGGUUGUAGCGCAGAAUCGAGGCAACUUGUGUGUCUGGUACAAUAUCCGUGCACCAGACAAGGCCACAAUCUAUCAGAUCAAAGGUGACGUCGAGCAGAUCGAACGUGGCAAUGGACGUACAGAGGUGAUCGUGGACGAAGGAAUGAACACGGCGUCCUAUCAGCUAGACGAGUCAUUGAUCGCAUUCGGUGCUGCUGUGGAUGACGGACAACUCGUGAAUGCGAUGUCCAUUCUUGAGCCAUUGGAGCUUACACCCGAGACUGAGGCUAUGUGGAGUCAAUUGAGUCAGGAAGCGUUGACACAGAACGAUCAUCGCAUUGCUGAACGCUGUGCUGCUGCUCUUGGAGACGUCGCUCGUUCGAGAUAUUUGAGAAAGCUGAACAAGCUGGACUGGCAGGAGAAAGAUCGUCUCAACGGGCUUGCUCACUGGAAAGUUCGCGCUCGUCUUGCAGUGCUCAAGAAUGACUACCGUAGUGCUGAGCAUUUGCUCCUUGCACAGGGUCAAGUUGACGAAGCUAUUGAGAUGUACCAGCACUUACACAAAUGGGAAGAUGCUAUCCGCGUUGCUGAGGCGAAGAACCAUUCCGGAUGUGAGCAGAUGAAGAGAAGCUACUAUGAUUACCUAGUAGAGUCCCGUCAAGAGGAGAAGGCUGCUGCAGUCAAGGUCAAGGACGGCGACUACGCUGGUGCAGUGAGUCUCUAUCUCAAAGGUGGUUUACCAGCAAAAGCUGCGCAGUUAUUGAACCAGAGAAACCUUGGUCGCGACCACAAGCAGCUUAUGGAGACUGUAGCCGACGCAUUGUACUCGGCUGGAUUGUUUGAGAAGGCAGGUGACCAAUUCGAGAAAAUGGAGCAGGAGAGUCGUGCCCUUGCUGCGUUUAUCAAGGCUAACGCCUUCCGUAAAGCGGUUGAGCUCUCGAGGAAGCACUUCCCGGACAAGGUGUUGCGUCUGGAGGAGGCGUGGGGUGACUAUCUCGUCUCGCAAAAGCAAAUGGACAUGGCUAUCAACCACUAUAUCGAAGGCAACGUGCCGACCAAGGCAGUCGAGGCUGCACUUAACUCACGGCAGUGGGCCAAGGCCAGUCAGCUAGUGGAGACACUGGAGGACGAUGUGUCUCUACCAUACUACCGUCGGCUUGCUCGCCACUAUCAGGACGCUGGCAAUCUAGAGCAAGCCGAGCGAUGCUUCAUCAAGGCUGAUGCUGCUCGUGACGCCGUCGAGAUGUACACUCGAGCCAACAAAUGGGAUGCGGCGUACCAGGUUGCACUCAACCAUUUGGACAAGUACGAGACCGAGAGGCUCUACGUAGAGCAAGCACACCGCAUGGAGCGUGCUGGUAAGUUCAAAGAGGCUGAAAAGCUCUUCCUGACUGUCAAUGAGCCCGAUCUCGCUAUCAAUAUGUACAAGAACCACAAAAACUACGAGCAAAUGAUCCGACUCGUGACCAAAUACCGCAAGGAUCUACUCAAAGAUACUCAUCUGUACUUGGCUCAACAGCUGGAGCACGAAGGCAACUACAAGGAAGCAGAACACCACUUUGCCGAGGCUGGAGAGUGGCAGGCUGCAGUCAAUAUGUACCGGACGAACGACAUGUGGGACGAAGCUAUCCGUGUUGCUAAAUUCCACGGCGGUAUCAAUGCCUCGAAGCGCGUGGCUUAUGCGUGGGCGAUGGAUCUGGGUGGCGAACAAGGUGCGAAACUUCUCACUCGACUUGGACUCAUCGAACCAGCAAUCGACUAUGCUAUUGAAAGUGGAGCCUUCGAGCACGCCUUCGAGCUUGCACGCAAUUGUGCCACCAAGAAGCUGCCAGAGGUGCAUCUUAAACAUGCGUUGUUCUUGGAAGACGAGGAGCGAUUCAAGGAAGCCGAGGAAGAGUUCAUCAAGGCAGGAAAACCCCGUGAAGCACUGGAUAUGUACGUACACCAACAGGACUGGCAAAACGCCAUGCGCGUCGCGGAAAGUGCGGAUCCGGCGUCUGUGGCUGAUGUGUUUAUCGCUCAAGCACGGCUCUGGAUUGAACGCAAGGAACACCAGCGUGCUGAAGGCUUCUUCCUAAGCGCCGGAAAACCGGAACUGGCUCUUGCUGCGUAUCUGGAGGCUGCGAUGUGGGCUGACGCAGUGCGUAUUGCUAAACGCCAUCUCCCUCACAAGCUCAUGGAGGUGAAUAUGGCUCACCAACGUGCUAUCUUCUCUGGAGGACCGAAGAAGAAAGAAGAGCUCAUGGAGGCUUGUGAGAUGUGGGUGGCUUCUCAGCAGUACGUCCAAGCAAUCGACGCGUAUCUGUCGAUUUCUAUCGACCAGAUCAGCGACCUUGGAGAGCUUGAAGAGCUGUGGGCGAAGGCCAUUGAGCUUUGUGCCAAGCACGACCCGAGUCGCUACAAAUCGAUCGUGGAGGAGGUGGCGUCACGACUUCUUGGAAUGUCUUGCUUCGAUGCCGCAGCACAGCAUUUCCAGUCUAUUGACAAGAUGAAUGAGGCUCUGGACUGCUAUCUACGCGUGAAUAACUGGACUGCAGCGCAGAAACUGUGCGAGCAGCAUGCCCCUGAGUUGCUACCUCGUCUCGAGCGAGCGCAACAGGCCAGUGCCUUUGGAUCAGCUUCCCACCACGUUGAGGCCAAGAUGGCUACAAGCUCGUACACUCCAUCAGCCGAUACCAAAGUGCAGUACGGGUCCGAGAAGAAGGAGUCGAAACUCAGCUCUGAAGGUGACGACGCUGGACGCGGUACGAGUGCUCUUGACGCGUGGAUGCAGCGUGGAGAAUGGGACAAAGUGCUGUCUUCAGCAGCCAAACACAGUGCUGGAUCACUCGCCAAGUACUUGGUACUGCGAUGCUCGCGACUGUGUGAACACGACGAGAUGUCUACAGCGAUCAAGACGAUAUCUGACUAUGGCAUCCCACUCGACUCGGAUGCGCUGGAUAUGACGGAGAGACUCGUUCAGAAGACGCUUGCAUGCGGUUAUACAGUUGAAGAGGAUCCUGAACACCAGGCAGCGCUGCCAGAGCUCGUCAAGUGUCUGCGCAAGCUUGUGAAGGAUCUGCGUGCGAAUAGCAAGGAGUUCCCCAGUUCUCGAGUACAGAAGAUCGAGCAGUGGCUACUAGUGACGCACUUUUUCGCUAUCAAGCACCAGGCAGCGAACGCUGGCCUGGAUGACCUGGUAGCCAAGAUCAGUAUGUCGCUACUGAGGUUUGUGUCUGUCCUCCCUGCGGACAAGAUGUUUUACCUUGCUGGAGCGGCUGCGAGGAAGAAAAAAUGGCUCAGUGCCGCCUUCGUGUACUUUAAUCGAUACCUUGAUCUAUGCGAGGCUAUUGAUGAUGGCGACGCUAGCAACCUGGAUAACACUGACUUCGUUGGCACUGAUAUCCCAUCGCCACUGGACUUUGCACUACCGGAAGUGCACUAUCUUGCUGAAGAGAGCGCCCGUGAGGAGAUCCGCGACUGGGUGUUGACGAUCUCUAUGGACCAGCAAGUGGCCGAGAAGCUGCCCGAGCGUGCGUGUCUGCAUUGUAAAGCUAGCAUCUACGAGGCGGCACUGCAGUGUCCGGAGUGUAAGACGGCGUCUGAGUCGUGCAUCGUCACGGGCUUCCCUGUGGCCGCCAAGACGACAGUGCAUUGCGCCACCUGCAAGGUCAUAGCUGACCGCGAGACGUGGAACAAGUGGGUCAAGCAGUUCGGCAACUGUCCGUGGUGCUCAGCUCCGCAGAAGAUGAGCUACUGAGUAGCUGUGCACGCUUAGCUUUACCAUUAAUGAUGACUCAUGCACUUCAACUUGCCU